GCAGAGUAGUAAAAUAGGCUUCCCUGUAGCCGCUGUUUUCCCACUUGGCAGGGGUGGUGGGCUGCCGUGUACACCCCCACCCCAACCCUUGCCUAAAAGGAUGCUAGAUCUGGGGCAGCUGCCUGGCGAAGCCUGCCCUGCACCCUCAGAGUUCAGGCUCCUCUCUUUUCAGGCGGAGCCGGAGCCGUGGUGGUCCCUCGGCUGGACCUCGCAGGCACCUGCUAGGCUGUCCUCGGGCCCGCAGCGGGAGCCCACCGCGCUGCGCAGGGAAGGGUUAAGGUGGCACACUCAAGCCGGCCGGCGCUGCAGACCCGGGUCAGCCGCCCCGAUUCCUGAAGGAGCGCGCCCGGAGGAAUCCCGGCUGGAGCCCCGGGCGGUGGGAGAGGGCCUAGACCCCUCCCCAGGCCCGGGCUCUCGGUAUUGGGUCGGCUGGGGGCCAGCCCCGGAAGCCACCUUCCUCUAGGCUCCCUCCUUCUCCGUGUAGCCAAUCCGCCUAGCAGUCAGGCGGUUUGAGCAUUUGUUCUGUGCUUCCCUGCCGAGAUGUGAGGGAUUUUCUCUGGGGAAGAAAACAGUGGUCCAGUGCCUGCCCAGCUCAAAUGCCACUCAACCCAGAGCAAGACCUGAGGCCCAGGGAUCCCGGAGGGAGAGCAACGUCACACUUCCUGAGGAUAACCAGGAGGACUCUGGCUUUUGCUGAACCGUGCAUCUUACCUCCUUCCUGCCAAAGGCUCCAGACCCGAGUUCCACCAUUCUCAAGUCGUGCAUAUCCCUGGCCAAGCAUCGCACGGUCCCUUGAGCCCUGUCCAGUCCUAGCGCACACCUCCAGGACCUGGAGCCUGCCCUCCUGCUCAGAAUGACUCACCAUUAUUUCCAGCUCAAGUGAGAAGAUGUGACAGGGGGUUGAGCUGCCUAUUUGUGUAUCUAGGAUUCCCGUGGCAUCUGAUCUGCUCGUCAAGGAAGAGAACCUCAGGCUCCUGCCAGGCCAGCUAAGCGAGGCUGUGUCUCCAACUCCCGUAGCACUCUGGGGCUCUCCUGCAGGAGCACAGACUGAUGCUUCUGUGUUUCCCGGGGCCCAGUUACCAGCACCCUGAGCUCCCUGCUGCAGGCAGCUGGAAGGCAUAGACUCAGACACGCUGCUCAGCUCCAAUUAUGACAGUGGCUACCGGAGACCCAGUGGAUGAGGCUGCUGCCCUCCCUGGGCAUCCACAGGACACCUAUGACCCAGAGGCAGACCACGAGUGCUGUGAGAGGGUGGUGAUCAACAUCUCGGGCCUCCGGUUUGAGACUCAGCUAAAGACCUUAGCCCAGUUCCCAGAGACCCUCUUAGGGGACCCCAAGAAACGGAUGAGGUACUUCGAUCCCCUCCGAAAUGAGUACUUUUUUGAUCGCAACCGCCCUAGCUUUGAUGCCAUUUUGUACUACUAUCAGUCUGGGGGCAGGUUGAGGAGACCCGUGAACGUGCCCUUAGAUAUAUUUUCCGAAGAAAUCCGCUUUUAUGAGCUAGGAGAAGAAGCGAUGGAGAUGUUUCGGGAGGAUGAAGGCUACAUCAAGGAAGAAGAGCGUCCUCUGCCUGAAAAUGAGUUUCAGAGACAGGUGUGGCUUCUCUUUGAAUACCCUGAGAGCUCAGGGCCUGCCAGGAUUAUAGCGAUUGUGUCUGUCAUGGUCAUUCUGAUCUCGAUCGUCAGCUUCUGCCUGGAAACCUUGCCCAUCUUCCGGGAUGAGAAUGAGGACAUGCACGGUGGUGGGGUGACCUUCCACACCUACUCCAACAGCACCAUCGGCUACCAGCAGUCCACCUCCUUUACUGACCCUUUCUUCAUCGUAGAGACUCUCUGCAUCAUCUGGUUCUCCUUUGAGUUCCUGGUGAGAUUCUUUGCCUGUCCCAGCAAAGCCGGCUUCUUCACCAACAUCAUGAACAUCAUUGAUAUUGUGGCUAUCAUCCCUUACUUUAUCACCCUGGGGACAGAGUUAGCUGAGAAGCCAGAGGACGCCCAGCAAGGCCAGCAGGCCAUGUCACUGGCCAUUCUCCGUGUCAUCCGGUUGGUAAGAGUCUUUAGGAUUUUCAAGCUGUCCAGACAUUCCAAAGGUCUGCAGAUCCUAGGUCAGACCCUCAAAGCCAGCAUGAGGGAAUUGGGCCUUCUGAUAUUCUUCCUCUUCAUUGGGGUCAUCCUCUUCUCCAGUGCUGUCUAUUUUGCAGAAGCUGAUGAGCGAGAGUCCCAGUUCCCCAGCAUCCCGGAUGCUUUCUGGUGGGCAGUCGUCUCCAUGACAACUGUAGGCUAUGGAGACAUGGUUCCAACUACCAUUGGGGGAAAGAUAGUGGGUUCUCUGUGUGCAAUUGCAGGUGUGUUAACCAUUGCCUUACCAGUCCCUGUCAUAGUGUCCAAUUUCAACUACUUCUACCAUCGGGAGACAGAGGGAGAGGAGCAGGCCCAGUACUUACAAGUGACAAGCUGUCCAAAGAUCCCGUCCUCCCCUGACCUAAAGAAAAGUAGAAGUGCCUCUACCAUAAGUAAGUCUGAUUACAUGGAGAUCCAGGAGGGAGUCAACAACAGUAAUGAGGACUUUAGAGAGGAGAACUUAAAAACAGCCAACUGUACCUUGGCUAACACAAACUAUGUGAAUAUUACCAAAAUGCUAACUGAUGUCUGAGUGAGACCGACUAAUGUACUCACAGCUCAACAGGACUAAUGCAGACGUUGCAUAAUAGCCUGCAUUGUAGUCAGUGUUCUACAGUGUGCAUCUGGUUCUGCAUGGAAAGCAAUAGUCGUGCAAGUGACUUUCGAUCUUUUGAUUUUUGAUUUAGAACACAGAAUAUCUAUCAUGGCUUUCAUGAAAUCUUCAACACCGACUUACAGGUUUCCAAAGACCAGAGUCACCCAGGGAGCCAGCAGCUCAGAAAGGCACAAGGUAGCCACCUCAUGGCCCCCACACAAUCCGUCAUAUCCACACCAUCCUCCCUUCCUAACUAAAUGCAAACCCACCUGAGGGGUGCGUACUCCCUGCCCCGCCCACCACCCCACCUCAGCCCACCUGCUCAUUCACAGAUGAACACCAUCAUGACUUAGUUUGAAAGUUCUGGUGACUCCCAAAGGUCAUUCCCAUUUUUGCACUGGAAAGGACACACAGUCCUGUGUGUUGGAAUUACUUUCUGUGUCACAGGCUGGGGUUUGUGAAUGCAGUUGCCAACUAGAUGCUCCGGAGGCUUAUGUUUCGUAACGGGAAAAUGCUGCAUUCUGCUUUUUCUCUGCAGUGUCAAUGUGAGGGGAGCCCAGGGGGUGGGGGAGGGAAAGUUAAUAUGACCAAACAUGAGUUGCCAAGUUUCACAUUUGUUCCCUUAGGCCUAAGGGGAGAAGCUACUUAAUUCAGGGACUUCUCAGCUUCAGAUACCAUUUUGCCAGCUUUGGGGUCACAGAACACGUUUGAUUCCUUCUUUUACUCUAGAGUUUGUAGACAUCUGCUUUCCUGGUGGUGUGGCCAGGCUCCACUGACACUGCAGUGGAAUAUAUCAGUCAUGCAAUAGAGCUGCAUGGGUGUUCACUGCAUGAAUCUCAAUAUUUAAAACACAGGAGAUAAACCUAGCUUUCCUAGUAGCCUAUACAGUAUUCCUACUUAGAGUAUUAAUAGCCUUGGGAUGGUAUUGAACUAAGGUUUGUUGGUUUGUUUGGUUUUUUUCCCACCAGAAGGCAAGAGUCCUCCAUCAGGGCAAAACAAAUAGACUAUUCGGAAUCGGGGAACCAAAACUUCUGGCUGGCCUGCCCAGCCCACCCUUCUCUGUCUUUCAAUGGGAGCACAGAGCCUGUCACACCAGAAGAAUGAACAGAAAAGUCAGAGUCUAAACACUCACAUGACUGAACCUUAGGAAUUAAUCUAGUCAUGGGCAUGACUGCACAGCUUAUCAGAGAAUUGGUCCUGAGGACAGGCAGGUCUGUAGGUUCAAUGUAUAUAAAUAUAUAUCAGCGCUCUCCUCUCUCUCUCUCUCUCCUCUCUCUCUCUCUCUCUCUCUCGU